AUAUUUACUGUGUUAGUUGAAGGGAUUUAAAGCGAAUAUACUCCCAGAGUUCUUAUAUUUUAUGCGAUAAUUGAUUAAAAUAGAUCAUUUAAUACGUAGUGUUAUAUUUUAAUGUAUCUGUAUUGGAAAAAUCUAAUUUUUGAGUGUGUAUAAUGUCAUAUCCUACAGUGGAAUUGCCCAAUUUCAAUUCUGUCUAAUCAAAUUUUUUAUAUCGAAAAUUGACCUGUCUGUUUCUAAUAAUGGAGACAAAACCUAGAAGGGGAACUUUUGCUCUUCCAAAUUUUUUGGUAAGUAAUAGCUAUGCAAAUAUCAGAAGAAUUGAACGAAGAGUUAGCAGCUCCUAUAUAAUGGAUAAAAAUUCGAGCAUGGAUUCACCCAAAAAUAAUGUAAAAAGACAAUCUAGCCAAUUAUAUUAUGGAACGAAAAUAACUAUACCGGAAAAGUCUUGGAAUUCUGAGGAGACAGCCGUGAGAUUUAUUAAAAGAAGCGCUCUGCCUCGACCCCCAGAACCGAAGGCAAUCCAAAAAGGUACUUCUUGCGUCUUGCCUGCACCGGUUUCUCCUAGACGAAAAAGUGUUUCUUUCUUAAUUGAUGAGGAACAACCUACAGUUCCAAUCUCAAAAGCAUCAAAACAGCGGGGUAGUUUGCCAGACGGUUCUCAAGAUUUUAACAAGGUCAUGGCCGAAAUCGAAAAAGAGGAAAAUGCGACAAAUGUGUUGGUUAAAAAACGCGCGCCAAUCGGCGAAAAGAACGGAACGCAUUUGGCGAACGACCGUCAUCCCAACAACAUGGCGGCGGGCAGCGCAUCGUCGACUGUAAAGUCGAAAAAUAACCAAACGAAGAACAAAUUAACGAGACAAAAAUCUACUCCUACAACACCUAGUCCUAAGAAGCAUACCACAAGCAGGCGCAGAAGAUAUGAGAAACAGCCUACAUAUAAUGAAAACGAAGUAUCUUUAAUUAUCCCUGGCGUUCAUAAAGGCGUCAAAGUUGAUUGGAAUAAAGGAGGGCGACGAAAAAUUACUCGAGCAACCCCUGUGAAAAGGGCUCAGAACAGGUCGAAGUCUAAUUCGCCAGAACGAAAAAGAAAAAAGAAAGGGGAUGACGAACCUCAACGGAAAGAAAAAAGAGCCAGUCCGAAAAAGAAAGAAAAAUUAAAGCCCUCUGCAACAUUACCGAAAACUAGAAGAAGAGUAACCAACUCUCCUGAUUUAAAACAAAAAAAUAAAACUAACUCUAAAACAAAAUCAAAGAAAGAUAACGAAAAGACACCUCCAUUAAAAACAUCACCAGCAAAAACAUCAUCAGCAAAAACAUCACCGAAGAAAACAUCACCAGCAAAAACAUCGCCAGUAAAAAUAUCGAAAAAAGCAUCUCCAGCAAAAACAUCACCGGCAAAAACACCGCCUGUAAAUUCGUCGUCUAAAAAACCUCCUUCGAAAAAAAAGAAAUCAGUAUCUCCUAAAAGCAAACCAAAGGUGAACCUUAGAUCUCCUCAUGUUAGGAGGACAGCAUGCUUAAACGCCGGAGCCAUAUUAUCAGCUAUAUACGAACCAAUUAGACCUAAGUCAAAUGCUUCAUCAGUUGACUCUAGUCUGACAGGAAAAAAAGAACCAGAGGUGCAGAAGGCAAAAAGAGGAAGGCCUAAAGAUGAUACGACAAAAACUAAUAAGAAAAAAUCUAAAAAAAAGGAUACGGACGAAGAACUUCAAUUUAUGAAUAGUGUUCAGAAAACAGAAUCCUCGGUAAAAGAUGGAAAUGACUCAGAAAAGAAGAUGAGUUUAAAGUCUAGAAAAGAUUCUAAAGAUAAAACUAUUGAGAAAUCCAAGAAAAAAAGUCCGGCUAGGAAACAGAAAGAUGAGGAUGAAGGUCAAAAAGAAGUUACGGAAGUCACGAAAAAGGAAAAGAAAGUCAGAAAGAGGAAGCAGGCAGCAGAAAAUGUUGUAAUAGAUGGCCCGACUGCAAAGCGAAUGGCGUCACUGAAUGCAACGGCUAUACUUCAGGCAGCUUAUAGCGAAGAGACUCCUACAGAUUCGUCAAAAGGGAAGAAAAAAGGAAAAGUUUCCCAAAGUGAAAAAUCGUCAAAAUCGUCAUCUUCACCUGAUCAGGCCAGAGCAAGUUUGACAACUUCCUGUACAGCUGUAAUGGUUGUAUCUACUCGUCCGUCCGCGUCCGUUCAACCCAGACAGCAAGCUCCUCCCCAACCUAUUGUGCCGUUCGUUCCAACUCCUCUGGGACCUUCUAGCAGACUGCAACGUCCUCCUGUACACGCUUUUUCCUUCGCUUCAAAUUCUCAAUGUUUCACUGCACCUUCAGUCGCCGCUCAAGCUUCGGACAACAGACCGACUUUUUCGUUAUUCAAUGUGCCUGUUCAUGGAGCUCCUGUUUAUGAUCAAAUUUCGCCUUGCCCUCAAUUGAGACAGAGACUAUACGUCCAGCAGCAACAACAAUGUUGGCCGCAGCCAUUGCCCUUUAUAAGGCAUGAUAUUAAAACAAAUACGAAUCUAGCAUGUGCUUUUAGGCCUAUAGCGCCUCAGCGCCACAUGGUACAACGUUUAGGUAGUGCAGUUCAACCUCAUUCGCACUUGGUUGUAGGUAAUAUUUUACCAACGCCUCAUAGCGUGGCAACUCCAAUUCAGCUUCAGCCAAGGAUUUCUCCAAAACCUCCCUCGCCUGUUAAACAAACACCGAACGCUCCAACUUCAGCCAGCAAGCCAUCGUCUAAAAGUUCAUCUGGUAGUGGCAAAUCUACAAAACGAAAACGCCAGUCGGGAAGUAAUGAUGGUUCCACGCCAAAAAGACGUCCGCCUGAGGACAAUGGAUCGAAAAAGCAAUGCAAGUGGCAAUGGAUUGGUGAACCUAGUAUGAAAAUGAUACCUUCUCACCAUGCCCCCUUGCCAACGAAAUCAAGUAACGGAACGUCGUCCUGUGGAGCAAGCCCAAAUUCGCCGCAUAAUUCUCCCAUGCAGUUAGUUAAGAGAAAAUGUUAUGUUGCAAUCCAACAUAAAGACGGUGACAUUGUGCGAAUUCGGGAUUGCGUUCUUGUCAAAGCUAAUAGGCGUAAAGCUUCUGCACCCUUCAUUGCCAAAGUGGCAGCCCUAUGGGAAGAUGAAAACUCUAGAGAGAUGAUGAUGAGCAUUCUGUGGUAUUACAGACCAGAACAAACAGAGGCUAGUCAUAUUCCUUCCCAUCAUAAAUCUGAAGUAUUUGCUUCCCGACAUGCUGAUAUUGCAAAUGUGCAGACUAUUGACGACAUAUGUCAUGUUCUUACCAAAGCGCAAUUCUGCAGGUUUAAGAAGGAGCAAGAGCGUUUGAGAGCUCAUCUACCUCUUUCGAUGCCAGUUGUUCCACCCGGCGAAACUUGCGUUAAAAUGCCGGAUGCUAAUGCCAGUCCUGAUACUGUCUUCCUGUGUUAUAGGGUUUAUGAUGUUCGUGCAAAGCGCAUCCUAAAGCAUCCUCCUCGAGUGGCUGUAGACAGUAAUGGCACACCACCAUCCUCAAGUAGUGGUGAAGAAAAAUAG